CUUUAACAUGUUCGAUCACCCCAUCCCGCGGGUUUUCCAGAACCGCUUCUCAACUCAAUACCGCUGCUUCUCGGUAUCCAUGCUUGCUGGGCCUAAUGACAGGUCAGAUGUGGAGAAAGGCGGGAAGAUAAUUAUGCCACCAUCGGCUUUGGAUCAACUCAGCCGACUUAAUAUUACUUACCCGAUGCUGUUUAAGCUGACCAAUAAAAAUUCAGACCGAAUGACGCACUGUGGAGUGCUUGAAUUUGUGGCUGAUGAGGGCAUAUGUUACCUUCCACACUGGAUGAUGCAGAACUUGCUGCUGGAAGAGGGAGGCCUGGUGCAAGUGGAGAGUGUUAAUCUUCAAGUUGCUACUUACUCAAAAUUUCAGCCACAGAGUCCAGAUUUUCUUGACAUCACCAAUCCCAAAGCUGUAUUAGAAAAUGCAUUGAGAAACUUUGCUUGUUUAACUACUGGGGAUGUUAUUGCCAUCAACUACAAUGAAAAGAUCUAUGAGCUUCGGGUAAUGGAGACCAAACCGGAUAAGGCUGUGUCUAUCAUAGAAUGCGAUAUGAAUGUGGAUUUUGAUGCUCCUUUGGGGUACAAAGAACCAGAAAGAAGCGCGCAACACGAGGAGACCACAGACGUUGAAGCAGACCAUAGUGGAUAUGUGAGUGACAUAGGAUUUCGUGCGUUCUCUGGUUCUGGGAACAGAUUGGAUGGCAAGAAGAAAGGUGUUGAGCCUAGUCCAUCGCCAAUUAAACCUGGAGACAUUCGAAGAGGAAUACCCAACUAUGACUUCAAGAUCGGUAGAAUCACAUUCAUUAGAAACUCACGUCCACUAGUUAAGAAAGUCGAAGAGGAUGAAUCUGGAAGCCGGUUUAUUGCCUUUUCCGGAGAAGGCCAGUCGCUGCGCAAAAAGGGAAGAAAACCCUAAGCUGUGGUACCUUUAGUCAGUUAGGAGGAAAAUAAAAUAACAGUUGCAGCA